AUGGAGGAGAAACCCAUCAGAGGAGACGAAGUAGCCCGCAGCGAAGGAGCCGGAGCAGCCUGCAGCAUCGACUCAGAUUUGCUACUUCCAAGGGGACUUAGGUUUGGACCACAUAAGGGAACCCCUAUUAAUGCAUUUGCUGUGAUGAAAUCUGGCAUAAGAAAUAUAGAUAGCAAUGGUAAUUGUGGUCCAAUCAAUAGCAGCAAAGCACAAGAACGCAUGGAUGAGUAUAUAAAUGGGGUUAAGAGGGCUAGACAGGAGCAUGAAGAACAUGAAGAGGACGGGGAGCAUGAACACUAUGAGGAUAUGGAAGAGGUGGAACAAGGGCAAGGGUCAGAACAUGAGCAAGAGUUGAAUGCAAAGGUGUUGUAUGACGUGUCGGGUAGUAUGACCACCCAUGGGCGCUUUGCUAUAGGAUAUGGCGCUGUUAGGGCAGCCGAUAUCAGAGCAGUUGCGAAGGAGAAUAAUGCACUUUAUGAACGCUUAGGACUGGCACAGGAAAUUCCACGGGCAUCUUUAAGAUUUGCAUCAGCAGUAGCAGCACAAGGAAUUGCCACUGGUUCUUCUCAUGUUGGCUCGGAAUCAGCUAAUGAUGCCAAUGCGGUGGAUGGGCACAAUGAAGACAAUCUCAAUGACACAUACAGAGCUGCAUGGGAAACAGUGAACUGCCAUAGUGGACACCAUGCUUGA